GAACAUUUGACAGCUAACCACUACAGGCAAAUCCUCCGUUUCUCAAAAUGUUCCUUGGAAGUUCCCAUGCACUUUGACGGGUAGUGUUUGCGUCCGAGAUCGGUGUAGCAGCGGAGUCAGCAGUAAUGACGAAAACAGGAAGUGGGAAGCAUGGAAAGGCGUAUGAUUCAGUCAGUGACAGUGAGACAUUAUCCUCAUUGUCGAAUCUGAGCUUAUCGGACGAUGAUGAUUCCACAUCAUCCGGAGACAGCAGCGACGUGGAGGAUGGCGAAGUGAUCGAAAGCGUUGACGAUUCAGAGGAACGCGGAGAUUUCCGAGGUGAAGACUUGUCGCUCGACCAAGAUGUGCUGCGAAGGUUGAUGAGCGAGGAGGAAGUGACAUUUGACCGCGCCAGCGCAAAAAUCCCGGAAUACUCUGUACCAACGAAAACGAUCACGCCGGAUUACGUGAUGGCUGGCUCAGGAAACGUCCAAUCCACCGGCAGCAGCAGUUUUCUGAAUAAUUUCAAGUCGUUGCUGAAGAAUAUACAGAAGAUGAAAAAAGAGAGGCCAAAAUUAGAUCCUCCUGAGAAAAUUCUGAUUCACUCCUGCUGGCGAUGCACGCAGAGCGCUGGCAGCAGUAGUUCUGCUUCGACAGCAAGCUCAUCGUCCGACGAUAGCGAUUCAAGUUCUGAUGACGAAAGCACUUCUGAUGACAGUGUUGAUUCUGAUGAUGCUAGUGAUGACAGUGACACUGAUGAAGACGACGAUUGUGACUGCGACGACUCUGAUGAGUACAGCGAUGUAGAGAAGAUGAACACGAGGCAGCGCAGUUCAUACUUGCUUAGGAAAGAGUUCGACAGGAAAUAUAAGAGUCGUGCGGCCCUAUGCGAGGAUAUAUGCUUCAACGAGCCUGAAGUCGUGAGUAGAUAUGUGAUUUUCUUUUUCCAUGUCAGUACCUUUUCUGCUACGUUUCUGGGCGCGUACGGUCUACUGUGUCGUUGCUCGCCUUCCGCUAAACAGAGUGGUCUGCGUCACAGUGUCUUUCCUGGUGAAACUCGCAUUCCUUGCUGCACUCCGAACCAGAAUAAUGCGAAUGCUUUGCAUCACUAUGUCUUACAAGUUAGGAGACCCUCUGCCCCACUUGGUGAAGGCACUAGGACUCGAAUAGAAUUUGGUGAAGAGUCAUUCGUGUUUCAAGGACUCUCGGUUUUCUUUCAUCGUGAAUUACCCGAAGUAUUGCCUAGAAUGCCUGUAUCGCGAUGGACUAAUGAAUAUGAGUUCCAUUUUGAAAAGGCUCCCAUGAUAGACUGUUUCACUGUGGAAGAACUAGAUUUCUUCCAUCAAUACGUAUUCGUGGACUUAUUAGAGCUGUACGAUGAACCACUGCGUGCAUUUGGUGUUGACGAUGGAUGCCCCAUUUACCAUGUGAUGCCACGUUUUGUAUCUGAAAGAGGUGGCUGCAGGCGUCUACUUCCAAUGAGCGAAGUCAUUCGUUACCUCUGUGAUUCUUUCAAACCGUUGGUGACCGACAAUGAAUACGAACGCGUGGAAAACUGCACGGACGCGGAAUUCACGAAAACACUUUUGUCAAAGAAAUUUCAGCUAGCCGUAAAUCCCAAAAAGAGACCUUCAACUAUCCGUGUUGAUAACAUCAAGAGAAUGAAUAAUGGUAUUGCGCUUGGUAUAGAGCAUAAGACAUCACCACCUAUAGCUUAUGCUAAUCUCAAGAAUCCUGAGCUAGUAGAAGCACAGCGUCGAUUGAGCAAACUGCGCCGAUCACAGUCUAGCUUGAAUUCGGGACAGUCGGAAAGGGAGCAGUUGGAAGAUAUCAAUGCUUUACUCAAGCGCAUUAGCGAGCUCAAACAACAAAGGGCUAGCGCGCUCAAUGCCAUCAGAAUCAUACCUUGCACUGGAUUCUACGCUACGGGGCUCUAUGCAGAUAUAACCGCACAUAUUCUGCUUCUGGUGCUUGCAGUGAAACAUGCCAGAUUUCACUGGUCUCUCCUGGAAUUUGAGAAGAUUAUUGGCCAUAAUUUCAUAAAUCGGACGCUUAUAGAAUUAGCUUUCACUCAUCCGUCCUACAAAAACGAUUUCGGAACCAAUGUUGAUCAUGUGAAGACAGCCCUCACUAACUGUUCAUUUCGUCGAUAUGCACCUUUUACAGAGAAUAACGAAAAGAAAAAAGGUUUUCGAAAUCUGAUGCAUAUCAUGGCCCAGUCCGGCUCAAGCAGUGCAGGAUUGUCUAAAAUUGCACACAACGAGCGCUUGGAGUACCUAGGAGAUGCAGUGGUGGAACUAGUGGUUUCAAGCAGGCUCUUCUUCAUUCUUCCUCAUCAAGAGGAGGGAGGUCUUGCCACCUACCGAAGUGCUCUCGUGCAAAAUCGGAAUCUUGCCGCUCUUGGAAAGAAACUGCGAUUGGGAGACUGGAUGAUGUACGCACACGGAAUUGACUUAUGCGAUGAAGAAGAUUUUCGAAAGUCGUUGGCAAAUACGUUUGAGGCGGUGUUAGCUGCUUUGUAUUUGGACGCAGGAAUAGAGGAAUGUGAUCGCAUAUUCGCCAACGCCAUGUUCGGAGAUGACACAUCUGUGAAGGAACUUUGGUUAAAUGUUCCUGAGCAUCCUCUGAAAAUCGAACAACCAGAGGGUGAUCGCAUGCUUAUAGAAAGUACCGAAGAGCUCACUGAACUGACUGAUCUUGAGAACAUACUCGGUUUCAAAUUCCAAAACAUUCGAUUGCUGGCGAAAGCGUUGACUAGACGUAAUGUCCCCUACAAUACUCUUACAUGUGGUAACAAUCAACGACUGGAAUGGCUCGGUGAUGCAGUGUUACAGCUAAUCAUUUCGGACUAUCUGUACCAUCAUUUUCCAAAUCAUCAUGAAGGUCAUCUUUCUUUACUCAGAACUUGUCUGGUGUGCAAUGAAACACAGUCUCAAAUUUGCGAAGAUCUUGGCCUUCAUUAUUUCAUAAUCGAACCUCCAGGCGGUGGUUCGCGUACGCUUGAACUGAGUCUGAAGGACAAGGCUGAUCUCGUUGAAGCUCUCAUUGGAGCCAUCUUUGUCGAUCGUGGGUGGGACUACUGCAGAGCUUUCAUCUACAUUUGCUUUCUUCCGCGUCUAAAACAUUUCAUCGAAUCGAAAAAAUGGAAUGACUCAAAGUCACAACUUCAACAGUGUUGUUUGGCCUUACGUGACGUAGAUGCCAGCGACAGUUCAGUGCCGGAUAUGCCCGAAUAUCGCACUAUCGGUAUAGAGGGAUCAACAAAUGCUCGCCACUAUCGCGUGGCCGUCUACUUCAGAAACAUGCGUUUAGCUGUUGGGGAGGCGUGCACUGUGCACCUUGCUCAAAUGGAUGCAGCUAAGAGAGCUUUGGAAGAAUACAAAGAAAUGUUCUCAUCGCUUUCGAAGAAUAAUGUGAAAAACGCAGCUAAUGCUUUCAUGAAGAAGCUUCAAGAAGCGCAAGAUCGACCUUCCACCUACUUUCCCAACAAACAAGAUCGUUCACGACCUCCAUCACUACUAGGUUCAGCGACACCGAUCUUACCAUCGUUUGGAACCGGACACAACUCUACCCCUGGAACUUCUUUGUUUGGAGCUCCACCGGUGCAGCCACAGCGGCAGCUAAGAGAAGCGUCGCCGCUAGUGAAACAAAUGUUGAAGUCGGUUGCUGAUUCAUACAGGCAGUUCUCCGCUGCUUCUUCGCUCCAGGGCGCUAUGCUCCAACAACCGCUCCAACCACGGACGUCACUGAUGACACCAAGCUUAUCCCAAGUGUUCAAUCCUAUAUCUACUAUGCCAUCAUACGGUCCACUAUCUAUGGGACUAACACCAUCUUUUGGUUCUCCAGUGCCAGCUCUUGGUGGUGUUGGUUUUACGCCACCAUUAUUCCAAAUGACUCCGCAGUUUUUGAACAGCCCAUCGGUGUCUACAGUAGGUCGCAACGUUUUGCAGUUUGGCCCCAUUGUGCAGGCUUCCACUGCACCAAAACCACAACCGUUGAUAUCUAAAGCUGCCGAGACGGAGGCUGGUUCAUCUACCCAGUCGGAUGUCAAAAGGCUGCACUCAGCCGCUCGACGAGGAAUGAAGAGGCGGCGAGACUCGGAUGUAGGGCCGCAUAGGAGAGGACCGCAUCGGAGAGAAAGUGAUAACGGGUUACCGACGGGGAGUAAGGAAGGAAUGAAACUUCCUAAAAACCGUUCUAAGUAUAGGAAUUCUUCUAAAUGAUGACAAAUCUAUGCCUCUC